AUGUGGAGAGAAUCGCUCAUCACACAGCUGGUACGGCAACUGGUCGGCAAGAAAAGCCGCAGGCCCGACUGGCGAUCGCCGACUUGGUCAUGGAUAUCGAUAGAUGGUGCAAUAAGUUACUGGGGAUGCUGGAAUCAGAAGUUCUGGAGACUCAUUGAGUACGCUCAGGUGUUAGAGGCCUGGGCAAGGCCUUCCGGGCCAGAUCCUUACGGGGCGGUCACCGACGGAGAGCUCACCGUCUCUUGUACGCUCCUUGUUCGAGACUACAUGAUCACAGAUGGGAACGUGGGAGAACAAUCUGACGAUCUAGUACGGGUCGAGGGUGGAUUUGGAAUCUUCCCCGUCAUGAUUGACUAUUUAAGGGCAAGCAUCGGCUCGAAGUGA